CACACUUUGUCCAUCCACAGAUCGCUCAGACAGUUCAACAAACGCAUACAAGACUACUAGAAAGCUCUCUGCUUUAUCUUUCUCUCUCUAAAAAAAAAAGACAGAGAAAAUCAAUGGCGAAGGACGUGGAAGUAGUUGAGGGAGGAGAGUUUCAGGCGAAGGACUACCAUGACCCGCCGCCGGCGCCGCUGAUAGACCCGGAGGAGCUGACCCAGUGGUCCUUCUACAGAGCUCUGAUCGCGGAGUUCAUAGCGACGCUUCUGUUUCUGUACGUCACGAUCUUGACGGUGAUCGGAUACAAGAGUCAGAGCGCCACCGACGAAUGCGGCGGCGUCGGGAUUCUCGGCAUUGCGUGGGCCUUCGGUGGCAUGAUCUUCAUCCUCGUUUACUGCACCGCCGGUAUCUCUGGAGGGCACAUAAAUCCGGCAGUGACGUUCGGGUUGUUCUUGGCAAGGAAGGUGUCACUGGUAAGGGCAGUGUUGUACAUUGUGGCGCAGUGUCUGGGGGCCAUAUGCGGCACCGGCCUCGUUAAGGCGUUCCAGUCAUCUUACUACAACAGGCACGGCGGCGGCGCCAACACCCUCGCCGACCACUACAACAAGGGCGUCGGCCUAGGCGCCGAGAUCAUCGGUACCUUUGUUCUCGUCUACACCGUCUUCUCCGCUACCGAUCCCAAGAGGAAUGCCAGAGACUCCCAUGUUCCUGUGUUGGCACCAUUGCCCAUUGGAUUUGCAGUGUUCAUGGUUCACUUGGCAACCAUCCCAAUUACUGGAACUGGUAUCAACCCAGCUAGGAGUUUUGGAGCCGCUGUGAUCUACAACAAUGACAAGGCCUGGGAUGAUCAGUGGAUUUUCUGGGUUGGACCAUUCAUUGGAGCUGCCAUUGCUGCAUUCUACCACCAAUACAUCCUCAGAGCAGGCGCUAUUAAGGCUCUCGGAUCCUUCAGGAGCACUGCUUAAUUUUUAUUUAAUUAAGCAUUUUCCUGUUUCUAUGCAGUUAAUUUCCAAAAGAAUAACAACAAACAUGAAGAGUGCAAAAGUCUGUUCUGAUCAAGCUCGUUUCUGUGUAUUAAUAUAUGUCCUUUGCCUCUCUAGUGGGAAUGAAGAAAUGUGAGGGCCAAAUUUGGAAUUGUAGAUAAGCAUGUUCUGUGGACUAUGGACUAUAUGGGCAAAGGGUGUAUUUUUGCAUAUCCCUCUUUUCUCUCAUGUUGUACUUUCUUUGAUGCUAUAUUCGCUUGUAUUUAUGUGGUAUUGGUCAGAAUUUGUGUAUCCUUAUCCUUUUA